CCCUUUCCCAUGUAUAUUGGUGCAGUGUGAUCGCUCUGUGUAGUUGAAUGGAAUAGCUACUUCUGGUCUAUGGGAAUGGAGCUAAAAAUAGCAGCCCGGCUGUGUCUCUGCAAAGAGCCGGUCAGGCUGUGGCAGUAAGUGGAAAACACCGGCGCUCAGUCACCUAUCGGCAGGGCUGCAACCGGAGUGGGGAGGGGGAAAAUGCUGCUAAAAAAAAUGCAGAGAAGGGCUUUGAUGGACUGAAUUAUUUGGCUUCGCUUUGUCUAUCCCCCUGUCUCAAGUUGAAUGGGGUCGAUUUCCUUUAAACACCCGCACGCACCCAAUGCACAAAAGGGGAGCAAAGGUCUCAAGACAUGAAAACUCUGCAGGCUUCUGCUCCGCUUUCCCGGGGGUGAGGAGGAAGCAUGUGGCCCAGAAGAGCCGGCAGCAGGUGACGGGAGAGGGUCCAACCACGCCAGGGAGGUGCUCUGCCUGUGCAAUGCCCCGUCCCGCUUCCCACAACCCCGGCUUAACCCCACGAGACCGCCCGGCCCCAGGCCCCGCCUGGCGAUGAGCGACCCAGCCGCCAUGCCGCACGCGGAGGGGAAUGCCCUGCUGAAGGCUGUCUGGCAGGGCAAGUUUCGCCUCACCCGCCUCUUGCUGGAAGGCGGGGCCUAUAUCAACGAGGGCAACGCCCAGGGCGAGACCCCGCUGAUCGCCGCCUGCCUGGCCCGCUAUGACGACCCGCACCACAAGCCCCGCAUGGUGCGCUACCUGCUGGAGAACGGCGCCGACCCCAACAUCCCUGACAAGACGGGCAAGACGGCCCUGAUGCACGCCUGCGCCGACCGGGCCGGGCCCUCGGUGGCUUCGGUCCUGCUGGAGCACGGGGCCGACCCCAGCGCCCGGGACUACGCGGGGGCAUCGGCCCUGGUGUAUGCCAUCAACCGGGACGACCGGGAGACCUUGCAGGUGCUGCUGGACGCCUGCAAGGCCAAGGGCAAGGAGGUGAUCAUCAUCACCACCGACACGUCCCCCUUGGGCACCAAGAAGACCAAACAGUACUUGAACUCGCCCCCGUCCCCGGGUCUGGAGGAGAAGUCACCGGCCCUGUGCAUGUCGCCCUCCGACAUCGAAGUCAAGACCACCCAGUCGCCCGGGGCCAGCGAGAAGGAGGAGGCGAGGGACGUCUUCAACUUCACCAUGGCCACCCGGCUGACCUGCCCCCCGCCGCCUCCUCCCAAGGGGCUGGAGGCCGAGGCCUCCGCGGAGCAGCCGCCGGCAGCCCCGCCACCCAAGGGCCGGGCGAGGCAACUCAAGAGACUCAACUCGGAGCCGUGGGGGCUGGUGGCGCCUUCCGUCUUGGCCACCUCCCAUCUGGAGAAGGCCCGGACGCCAGAGGAGAGGAUCACGGCCGAGAUGAACGGCUUGAGCAUCACCAAGAGGCCCGUGCUGUCACGGAGGCACAGCAUCGAGGGCCAGGAGCCCCCCGGUUUCAAGACGGUGGCCCCCCAGGGCUCUGGGGAAGAGGCCCCGGGCCCGGAGGCACCCUGGGCCGAGAAGGUUCAUUUCAGCCACCUCCACCAGCCUCUGUCGCGGCGCAACACGGCCCCCGAGGCCCAGGAGAGUGGGGGGGCCCCGGCGCCCAGCCUGCGGGGCAUGGCGCACCCUAAGCUGGCCCGCAUGGAGCACUGCGAGUCAGACGCGCACCUCUGCCCGGACUCCAUCCCCGGCUCCCCGGAUUCAGGCCGCCUCUCCCUGGAGAGGAGGAAAUACAACGCCUCCCCGCUGACCCUGCCGGCCAGCUCUUCCCGGGAGUCCCUAGAGAGCAUCCCCAGCGCCGUGUCCCCCAUGACGGGACGGCGCCGCUCCCCGGGGCUGCUGGAGAGGAGGGGAUCGGGGACCCUCCUCCUGGAUCACAUUGCCCACACCCGGCCUGGCUUCCUGCCCCGGCUCAACAUCAACCCCCACCCUCCCAUCCCUGACAUCCGGGCCAACGGCCGGCCCCCCUCGCCUGUGCACAGGGGCCUCAUCCCCAUGGCCCCCAGCUCCCCCAAGGCAAAGAAGAAGCUGUUCAGACGGCACUCUAUGCAAACGGAACAGAUCAAGCAGCUGGUCAAUUUCCAGAACAUGCUGGCCCAGGGCAACUCGGCCAGUUAAAGGGACAGAAGCCCCAACCAGGGAAAGGAGGAGAAGAGGCCUAGAUUUAUUCUAUCCCCCAUCCCAUUUGCUGCUCCUGCAGUGGGGAGGAGCUGGAGACACCCCCCCACCCAUCCCAUCUCUCCAACCCCAUCCUGGGUGGCGAGCCCAUUGUGUCUGGGUUGCUGUGUAUCCCCCACCCUGCUGUGCACUCGUGUAUCUAUCCUAGCCACGGGCCACGCCCAGGGUGCAGGAAAUGCGACCGGAACAGGAGCACUCCAGUGCUGGGCCGUGGCCCAAUUGGGCCAGGAUCCCCCGUGCGACCAACUUCGGGAUGGCGCUGUGCCCCUUCGGUGGAGGCCCUGAGGCCACAGCCGGGCAGCGGAAGGCCCCCAAGCAUCACCGCCCAUGACUGUGCCAUGUGGCCACAGAGCGGCCGGAGCCCGCUGGGAAACCUGGCCUACACUGGGAGUGGGACGAUGACAGCUUCUAAUGGCUGCUCCCACGCGCCAGUCAGGAAUACAAAGGGGAGGCACGUGGGUCCCGUCCCUCCGGGUCCUGCCGGGCACGGCCUGGAGAUGCAGAGGAGCAGAAAGAAAAAGGGAAUGAAAGGGUCGAUUUGGGUUCAAGAUCAGGAACGUGGCCAGCCGGAGCCUCUUCCAGUUUCCAGCAGCAGUUUGUGCCUGAUCCAGGUUCAAAGCCAAAGGCAGCCUCGCUCGGUUUGCACGGCUCUCCGACCUGGAAGGAAGCAGCAGUGAUCCUAGAGACAGACACCCCCCACCCCCAGUGGCCUUGCACCCCACCUGCUGCUCCCUGCAAUAUCCUAUUUAUUAGCGUGAACGCCGUCAGGACUCCUGGGUUCUCUCCCCACCUCUGAGGGGGCAGCAUUGUCUGGCGGGCGCAGCAAAGGGAGACCUAGGGCUGCAUUUGCAAAAAUGCUAGAGAUUUGGGACGCCCAACUGCGCUGAGCACGCGCCUACUGGAAACCAGGCCCCUUUGAGGCAUCUCAGGCUGGAGCACUCAAAAACGGAAGCACUUUAGGCACGGGGCACUGUUUCCCAGCUCCAGGAGGGGGAGUGUUGUCUAGUGGUCAGAGGACUGGGCGCUAACGACGCUCGGGUUCUCUACCUGUCUCUGCCACUGACUCACUGGGUGACUCUGGCCUAGUGACACUCCCGCUCCGUGCCUCAGUUUCCCCCACCUGUCAAAUGGAGGGAAUGUAAAGCACUUUGAGAUCCCUGGCUCAGAGGUGCUCUGGAAAUGCUACAUCCUAUUUGUUAGUUAUUUAGCAUUCAGUCUCUGGCAGAGCCGCCCCCCUAGACAAAGCAAUAUGACUGGGGACGCACAAGAAGUUACCCCCAAACACUGGUGGGAGGGCUGGAAUAAACCCUUUAGGCACAGAGUGAGGGAUUGAGCAGAGCGUCACCGAUGGAGAAGGGAAACCAUUUCAGGGGGAGGGAGGGGACUGAGUCAGUGUAAAUAGGCAAAUAGAUACCCAAUGCCAACCCCAUAGUGCAGACCCAGUGCACUGGCAUGGGUUACCCUGCUUUUCCACCAGGAGGCGCUGUGCUUCUUUGGCCGUGCGGCACAGCCGUGGAUUGUCAGCACAAGAGGUUUGCACUAGCGUAACUGCAUUGGUGCAAACAAAUCCCGUUGCAGACAAGGCUUUAGGCCCAAGUCCUCAAAGGUAUUUAGGUGCCUGACUCCCAGUGGGAAGAUCUGGCCCCUAGUUACGAAGCUAUGAUGCUGCAGAGUGCUCAGGUUUCCCCGCACUUCCCUAAGUGAUGCUGCAAAGUCUGAGUUAACUAAGGGAGUUAACACUUGCACAGGUCUCCCUAUAAGCACAAGGAGACUGUAAUCAGGGCCCUGUGUAUCUGCUACUCUGCAGAACUCGCCCCCGUGCUGUGCUCCCUUUUCUGUUUGCAGAAAUACACUUGUAGCCCUUGUGGCAGCUAGGCCAACCUUCCCUGAUUGGCAUGUAUCUGAUGCCAAUUGGCCUGACCUAGUCUUUAGACAGCCUACAAUGGUCACUCUAAGAGAUGUGAACCCGUUGAUGCCAACUGGGUGUUGACUCUAAAACCUACUGACUACCAAACUGACAACAACAUUGUUAACUAUUCCACUGCUGAUUUGAGCAGAAACGUUGCAUUGUAAUGUGCGUAUCUCACAACUCCCAAUUAAAUCCUCAGAUACCAAAAGCCCCCCAACUGCCCCCAGUUCAACUGCUAACAUGCUCCAGCCCAUGCCACCCCCUCUCCCGAUUGCUCCUGCUAAACACUUAUGCCUUUUUUGUUACAAAAUUCUGCAGCACACUGAAAAUGAAGGGCCAUAUUCUUGGCUAGUGUAAAUCGGUGCCUCUCUUGACUGACGUCAGCUGAAAAUUUGGGCUUAAAAUUAUAGGGGCAGCAUUUGAUUAAAUUGGCCAGAGGAUUAGCUAGCACACUUUAUCCUGUGCUGAUUGCGUUAGCCUGUGCCAUGUUUAGUUUAAUAGAAACCUUAUUAUUUCAGUGUAUCCGAUGUUGCUCUGGGAUUUCCAGUUUCCUGCAGGAUUUAGGGCCUUUUGCUGCAGGAUUUGGGGGCUAGUUUGCUGCAGAUACAUGGGGCCUUUCUCCACUAGGGCGAAUGCCCUCUCUGCCUGUGAAUGUCAGAGAACAUACAGCAUGUGAGUAUGGUUUCAAGUCUGUAUCUGGGACACCUGUAGGGGUUGGAUCUGGAGUUUUCAGUCGGCAGGUUAGAAGGAUGGAGCUCAACUGCGAAAUUUGGAAACAAAUUUACAUUGAGAUUUCAGAGGCCAUCAAAACUGCUUUGAGCAUGUCUGUCUCCAGUAUAUGUGUGGCUAGAAGCCACUGGUGAGCCUCCAGUACAGGUCUCCAUCUGUGUCUGAUCCACAGAGGACCUGUCUGCUACUGCCCCAGCUAAGUUCUAGCUUGGGUGGGACUUAUUCCACAAAACGAUUUGCCGUCGGAGAGCGUUGAUUCGUCAGAACCGAAACGUCCCACAGGAAGGUGUCAAGUCCGCCGAAUUUUUCCAUUUAGAAAAAAAUAGAGAUGAAAACGUUUUGAAAAUGUCAAAGUGCCCCUUUUCGCCAGCCUCGGAACGGAACGCUUCCGGCUUUCAGCUCAAAAGGACGUUUCCUUUGGCCGCUAAGCUUAUUGUCUAGUUUUAACAUUUAAAAGGUCAACAUUGAAAAAAAAUGUUUCAAAUUUACCAAAACAAAAUAUCCGCCAAGAAGAUUUCGGGGGAGGGGGAAGGGGGGGGGAAGAGAACUGGGUUUGCAAAUAAUUGUUGAGAUUUGGGGAUUUGGUUCCAAUUCGGGACAGGAAAAGUUUGAAACUGCAAGUUUUCCCUGAGGAUGGGAAAUCCCCAUCAGCUGUAGACCCCCAGGGGUCAUCUUUAGCCCAGGCUGCUCCUGCUUUUAGCUCUGGAAGUCCCUAGGGUCUCCCAGCCAGUGCCACACCCGGCUCCCUGUGCCUAUGGCCGCACAAGCAGAGUGCUGCCCCCUGCUGACCAAAUGCACAAACUGCUGGGCUGUGGUUUCCUCGACAGGGGGUUGUCUUAGUAAGUUCUAGCUCAGUGAUACUCAGACCUCCAGGGUUCAGGAGCCAAAUUAGCGACCAGCAGCACCCAACAGAGCCACAGGAGUGUGAAUUCAUUGAUCCAUUUACUAUAUAUAUUUUAUUCGCACCGCAAAAUGACUAAGUAGUGAAUAAAAUAAGAAUACAAUUGGUUAAUGACAAUGUAAAGUCACCAUGAUGGGUUAAUAAUUAAAUCACCCAGUGUUUUACUAUCCUGCGCUGCAAGAGACACAUUAAAGAGCCACUUGCGGUUCCCAAGCCUCAGUCUGAGCAUCACUGGGCUACAUGGACAAAAAACGUGCACAAAAGGAACUGAUUACUGGGGGGUGGGGGUGUGACCCCUCCAUCCCUCCCGUGGGUAUAUUGCGUGCACGUGUGUUACCCCUCCAUCCCCACUGUGGGCAUAUUGCGUGCAUGGGCGGGUGGGUGGGUGUAUUACCCCUCCAUCCCCACCUUGGGUGUAUUAAAGGCAGCCACAGGGAAUGUUUUGCUUUAAAAUCAGUUGCAGAUCAUGAAGUAGACCAGGGUCAGUUUCUCAGCUCGCUCCCCCACCUGCAGAGUUCUGGAUGAAACCAGGCGGCCAGUCCCUUUGGGUUUUGCUCAAUCAAAAGCCGAUGGACGAGGGGACAUUUGACUGAAACAACUUCUACCCCUUUAUCAAUUAGCCAGUGCGGAAUAUUCCUGAGCAUUGGGUGGCAUCUCAUCCACUGUGGCCAAGCAGGAGGUCUCUACACCCUAUGCAUAUUGUGACGCGAUCAGUUUCCCUCCUUCACGUAACCCAGUUCCUGCAUGUGUCUCUGAGCUGCAUCCUCCCUGACAAUCCAGGCUGUAGCUCAGAGGUUCUCAAUCGUUUCCAUAGCAGGACCCUCCCCACACAUAUCCUUCCCUAGGGGGAGCCCGGGCUUGGUUCUGGGGCUGCCCAGAUGCCAGGGUGAUGGUGGUCAUAGAUCUAUGUAGCCAGGUUCUGCAUUUAGCAAUGUGGGAAGGGCAGGUAGGUCAUGACCCUCCCCUGGUUGUCUUUGGGGUAUCCAGGGCCUUGCAGUCCACAGACAGAUGUGUGUAACUGUGCCCACCAGUCCUCCCGAUUCCCAGCUGUCUCUGCGGGAGCACUGACCCAACUCCAUUCUAGGAGUCGCCCUCUGCCUUCAUGCCCUCCUGGGGCUCUGUUCCCCUAUGUCUGGAGGCUGGGAGUCAGGACUCCUGCGGUCCAUUCCCAGUCCUAGGAGGAAAUGUAGGCCGACGGUUAGAGCCGACGAAGAGGAGGCAGGACGCCUGGGUUCUCAUCCCAGCUCCAGUGCUUAGAGCGGGAGGCAUGAGACCAGAGUGAGAUCCCCUUGUGCCACAGGUAGGGGAGAGAAGCUGCAGCGUGGGUGCUGUUGCGGAUCAGAACCUGCUUAACGCAAGCUGGUUUCUGCAGCUGCCCCGACACAGCGGUGAUGGGGGCCUAUAAGUACAGAGCUAGCCCGAGAAUUGUGUCGGGCAGGCCAGGCCUCAGAGCACCGCUGGGGGUGGCGAGGCAGCUCACUCAUUCCAUCCAAGCGCUGGUGACGCCCAGAGAAGACGCCAGGCACCAGCUGGUGACGCCAGGGCGAAAGUCCAGGCACCAGCUGCUGCUUCCAGGGACCAUUCCAGCCCCAGGCAGGCAUCCGGGCACACGGUCUCCACCCUCUUCAGAGGGGAGCUAACAAGACGGAUCCAGGCAGCCGCCGACUCAGGGGGAAGCUUGGAUCCAAACAGACGUUUCAGUCCAGCUUUAAAUCCUUUCCACUAAGGGUGAGAUUUCCAGAAGUUCCUGACAAGGCACCUAAUUCCCAUUGGCUUUCAAGGGGAAUUAGGUCCCUAACUCAGCACCGAGGCCCUUUGAAAAUACCCCUCUCCCUAGCAUAUGUGGGGUUAUUAUCUCAGCAGAUGCUAUGCAGUCGCCACCAGAGCUCCUGACCCGCCGUGCAAGGGACAAGCGGAAAUAAUGCAGUGCCCCAGAGCUCAACGCUAUUUGCGAUCUAGACAGGAAUCCCCUUCCCCCAUCCCACCCAGGGCGGAAAUGCUGCCAGUUCUGGGGAGGAGUGCGGCAGCACCCCUGCGCAGCCAUUUAGGGCAGGACGCAAAGAGGAAGCAUGUGAUCAACGCAGCUCAAAAAGGUGGGCAGGACAAAAGUGACCGGGGCUCGUUGAUGAAUACCAGGAAUCGGGCCUGCAGCGUCAGGCCUUCCCCGUGUGCAGCAUCCCCUUUCGGGGCUGGGGGAAGUGACUCCUCUGCAUAGAGCUCGUGUAGGAGCUUCAGGGGCCCAGUGGGCUGAAAGCCCAUAGGCGAAGCGUAGAGCGACUGCUCCCUGUUAGAAAUGGAGCUGGGUGUAUUUACACAGGCCCCUGCAGCGGAGAUGGGCUGUGUGUUAGGUUAGGGCAUGGUCCAGCCUUCUGAUCAGCUGAUUGCUGGACAAUAUUGCCAAAGGCAGGCAGAGGACUCUCACGCUCCGCCAUGCAUAUUCAUAUGCUCUGCCGAUCCCUCGCACCUCAGACCCGUCUCUGAGCUAGGCAGGAUUCCUGGGUCCACCUCCCCAUCCCACGAGGGAAUGCUGUCUAAUGGUUAGAGCAGAGGAACUCAGCAUCAGGAUGCCCAAGUUAUUAUCCCAAUGCGGCAAGGGGAGCGCUGUCUAAUGGCUAGAGCGGGGAACUGGGUGUCAAGACGCCUGGCUCUGCCACUGACUCACUGCAUAGCCUUUGGAGAGCUGCGGCCCUGCUCAGUGCCUCAGUUUCCCCACCUGCACCAUAGGGCUAAUGACCCUGACCCACCCACAGGACUGAGAGGCUAAUGUGUGAACACCUACCAGCUCUGCUCUAGAUCACAAAACCCUCCCCAAUUUAGCGAACGAGGGGAGGGGGGGGUGGAACCCCUCUGAGCCGAAGUGAGUCAUGUUUGUGAGUGUGGUCACCAUUCCACCCCAAAGGUGGCGAGACUUGUAUUGGCGAGGCCACCGGCUGUCUCUGCCUUGGGCAGCGUCUGAUCUCCUCCCUCCACCCCCGGUCCACACCCCUCUCUGCCGAGCUCUGCCUUUCUGCUGGCCAGGGUGCUCCUGUCUCCACUCGGGGGUGGCGGGCGAGGCGGAGAGACGGGAACGGAGAAGAACUCGGUUGGGGGAAAUAAUUCCAGCCUCCCAGCUGGGGGUGUCAGGGGAAUCUCUUGGUCUUCACAUAGCAGUGAAUAAAAGCCCAACAUAGCUCA